CGGGCGGGGCCGGGCUGUGCCGGGUGGGCAGUCCCGCGUGGGCACGGCACGAACAGCGCUGGGCUGGGGGGCUGCCCUGCCCUGCCCUGCCCUGCCCUGCCCUGCCCGGCCGUGGCUCCGUCCCCGCCCCAUUCCCGCAGCGCUCUGCCGGCGGUCGGUGCCGUCCCGUCCCCGGGCUGUUCUCCCCACUCGUGUCUCCGCGGUUCCGUGCCGUGUUCCUGGCCGUGCUCCCCGGCUCUCACCGCUUCCCCCGUUGCUGCGGAUGCCGCCCGUCCCGUGGCAUCAUCCCCGCAUCCCUUUAGCGGUGACCUUCCCACCGCUCCUUUCCUCCUUCCUUCUCCUCCCCCCCCCCCUCAUAUCUGUUGAUCUUUCCGGCUCUGCUCCCCCCCGCUGGUCACUCAUUAAGCCGUUCCGAUCCGUGGUGCCAGGCUCUGCCCGCUGAUAACGUCGGGGUCCCCCCGCCGGGCGGUGGGGCGGCCUCACGUGGCUGUCACCGCCGGGGGAGGGACGGGCUGGAAGCGCCCCCUGAGUCCGGCUGAGGAUAAAAGCGCCGCGAUCACCGCGUCCCUACAGCCCCCUGAGCGGGUCGGUUCCCCCGGAGCACCAUGGCGCCCGGCUGGCUGUGCUGGGCCCUCCUGCUGCUCCUGCCGGCCCCGCUUCGUGCUGCUGGACCUGGCCCCGUUCUGGUCAACCGCCCCUUCGUCACCGUGUGGAACGUCCCCAGCGAGCCCUGCGAACAUGAGUACAACAUCAGCCUGCCCCUGGAGGUCUUCGACGUCGUGGCCAACAAAGAGGAGGCCUUCAUGGGGCAGGACAUCGCGCUGUUCUACAGCUCCCGCCUGGGGCUCUUCCCCUACUACACGGCACAGGGGCAGCCGGUGGACGGGGGGCUGCCGCAGAACGCCAGCCUGGCAGCCCACCUGCAGCAGGCCAGGAGGGACAUCGAGGCUGCGCUGCCCAGCGCCACGGCUGGAGGGCUGGCUGUGAUCGACUGGGAGCAAUGGCGCCCGCUGUGGGCCCGCGACUGGGGCUCCAUGGACAUCUACAGGAAGAAGUCGGAGGAGCUGGUGCAGCAGCAGCACCCGCUGUGGCCUCCCAGCCGCGUGCAGGAGGUGGCCCAGCAGCAGUACCAGAAAGCUGCCCGCGCUUUCAUGGAGCAGACGCUGCAGCUGGGUGAGGCCGUGCGACCCGCUGCGUAUUGGGGCUUCUACGGCUUCCCCGACUGCUACAACAACGACUUCAGCAGCCCGCAGUACAACGGCAGCUGCCCGGUGCUGGAGCAGCAGCGCAACCAGGAGCUGGGCUGGCUCUGGAACUGCAGCCGGGCGCUGUACCCCAGCAUCUACCUGCCCCAGCAGCUCCAGGGCACCAACAAGGUGCUGCGCUACGUCCGGUACCGCGUGGCCGAGGCCUUUGCUGUCCAGAAGGGCGUCCUGAGCUCUGCCAUUCCCGUCCUGCCCUACACAGAGAUCUUCUACGAUGACACCUCUGACUUUCUCUCUGAGGAGGACCUGGUGAACACUAUUGGGGAGAGUGCGGCUCAGGGCGCUGCUGGCAUCAUCAUCUGGGGGAGCUCUGCUGACACUGCCUCCAAGGAGAAGUGCAUGAAGCUGAGGGACUACCUGGAUGGGGUCCUGGGCCACUACAUCGUCAAUGUGACAACCAGUGCCCAGCUGUGCAGCCACAGCCUGUGCUCUGGGAACGGCCGCUGUGUGCGCAGGGAGGGCAGGCUGGCCUUCCUACAGCUUGACCCCGGUCACUUUGCCAUCAACCUGAAAGCCAAAAAGCCCCAGCCCAUGGUGUGGCUCCUGACUGCCAACAGUGACGUGUCUCGGCUGGCUGAGGACUUCACCUGCCAGUGUUACAGUGGCUGGCAAGGAGAGCACUGUGACAGCCAGGGCUCCUCUAAUAAGUGAGCAAUAUCUGCCUUCCAUCCUCCCAUGCUGGACACCUGAGGGUCACGCUGCCCUUCCUCCAAGUGGGAAGCAUGGGAAAAAAGCCCAGGCUGCUAAUAAAACUGCUAUGCAUCCUAUAGGGUUGAUGCAUUCUUUUA